AUGCACCCUACAGCACUGGUAUUGAGGCGAUCGACAUGGAAAGGGCCAUUCUUUACUGCUUUCCCUUCACUUUCCCAUCAUCUCAAAUCGAACACACCUAUAUUCACAAAAUCAAGGGCAUGUACAAUAGUACCUAAUUUCGUUGGAUUGAAAUUCAUGAUCCAUAAUGGGAAAGACUAUUUGCCUAUAACUGUUACAGAGGAGAUGGUAGGACAUAAAUUGGGUGAAUUUGCUAGUACGAGAAAGGCAUGGAGUUAUAGGUGA